GUACACCCUGCUGUGUGGGAACCCUCCCUUUGAGACCUCCGACCUCAAGGAGACCUACAGGUGUAUCAAGCAGGUGGAGUACACCCUCCCCGUCUUCCUCUCCCUGCCUGCCAAGCACCUCAUUGCUGGCAUCCUCAGACGCAACCCCCAGGACCGCCUCACCCUCGAAGAGAUCUUGGACCAUGAGUUCUUCAAGGGCUACACGCCUGAGAAGCUUCCUCCCAGCAGCUGUGUGAUGGCUCCAGAGCUAAGUCCUCCCAACCCAGCAAAGAGUCUGUUCGCUAAAGUCACCAAGACACUCUUUGGGAAGAAGAAACCCAAGGCCAAGAAGGGUUCUUUGGAGGACAAGGAUGACAUCUCUAAGCUGGUCACUGGGCUGAUGAAGACCUCGAUCUGCCGGCAGAUGAGCUAUAAAACUGUGGAAGGGAAUGAGGGCACCCCCGUAUCAUGCCGCAGUGCCAGCUCUAGCCCCGUGGAGACAGUGGUGGAGGAGACAUCUCGCAAGUCUGUGUCCCCCUCCAUCCAGGGGAUAAUGGCCAGCAGCUGUGAGGCCUUUGAAGACUGCAUCACUGCCUCUGCCAUCAUCGAGUCGGCUGUCCGGCUCCUGUGGACCUGCCUCUCCUCCAUGCCCCCAGCGGAGAAAAACCCGGCUUCCCUGGCCCGUCAUGAGCAUUUUGUCUGGGUGAGCAAGUGGGUGGAUUAUUCCAACAAGUACGGCUUUGGCUACCAGCUCUCCAACCGCAGCAUCGGGGUCCUCUUCAACAAUGGCACGCACAUGACGCUUUCCCCCAACCACAGGACGGUGCAUUACAACCCGACCAACAGCAAACACCUUGUGUUCUCUGUGGCCGCCAUCCCCGAGCAGCUGCAGGGACAGAUGAGUGUCUUGCGCUACUUUGCGUCCUACAUGGAGCAGCAUCUCAUGAAGGGAGGUGACUUGCCCAGCAUAGAUGAUCUCGGGCAGCCGGCCCUGCUCCUCCUGCAGUGGGUGAAGACCGACCAAGCCUUGCUCAUGCUCUUCAGCAGCGGCACCCUCCAGGUGAACUUCUACAACGACCACACCAAGGUGAUCAUUAGCAAGCCUGACCACUCCUGCCUUGUCACCUACAUCAACCGGGAGCGCAACUCCUACACCUACAAGCUGUGCAGCAUCCAGGAACUGGGCUGCUCUCCUGAGCUCCACCACCGCCUCAGAUAUAUCCUCAAGCUCCUCCAAGAACGGGCUGAGGCCUAG